CCAGAGGACCAACUGGAACCUUCACCACACGGCCCUCACAGACCAACACUGAGAGAAGAAGAGAAGAUAUCUCAGGUUUGGGCUAUCUGCUUGCAGUAAACACAUUUACACCCGAACUAGCCCCUGGAUCACUUCACAGCCCUACAUUGAGAUAAACUCCAGAGUUUCAGGCUCACACAAAUGCACAAAAGCCACUUUGGACCGACCGUUUACCUGGAACAGCUGAGAGAAGUAAGAAAGUGAAUGAAAAAUGAGAACACUCUGGGAAGUAUUUCAUCUUUUCGUCUGUGUAAUAUUAUCACGAUUCAAUGCUGUAACUUCUGUCACCUUUGUUGAGAAUGGGAAUAAUUUGACUUUAAAUCCAAAUAUAAAUGGAAAGCCUGAAGACAUUUUGUGGACAUUCAAUGAACACAAGGUGGCCGACUAUUAUUUGAAUGAAUUUGAAGCGUAUGGACAAUUCAAAGGAAGAUCGUGGAUUGAAAUCACUACUGGGCAGCUCACUGUUCAUCACAUGACAAGCCAGGACAGUGGUAUUUAUAAGUCUGAAAUACAGAUCGAUGGAAAGAAUCAAAAGUCUGAAAAUGAAGUUCAAGUUAUUGAUGCUGUAACUUCUGUCACCUUUGUUGAGAAUGGGAAUAAUUUGACUUUAAAUCCAAAUAUAAAUGGAAAGCCUGAAGACAUUUUGUGGACAUUCAAUGAACACAAGGUGGCCGACUAUUAUUUGAAUGAAUUUGAAGCGUAUGGACAAUUCAAAGGAAGAUCGUGGAUUGAAAUCACUACUGGGCAGCUCACUGUUCAUCACAUGACAAGCCAGGACAGUGGUAUUUAUAAGUCUGAAAUACAGAUCAAUGGAAAGAAUCAAAAGUCUGAAAAUGAAGUUCAAGUUAUUGAGGCUUUGCAGGAGCCAGUUGUGACCUGUAAACUGACGACAGAAUCAAAAACACUGUUCUGUUCAGCUUCAUCUAAUUCCAAAAUAUCCUUUGAAUGGACUGGAUCAAAUUCUACACAACACUCUAAGCAAGAGCUUAAUAUCAGCAAGGAGGAGAAGCCUGAGGCAGUCUUUACUUGCACUGUGAAAAAUGAAGUUAGCCAAAAGAACACUAGCUUCACUCUGAAAGACUGCAACAAAGAUGAAUUAUAUGAUCCGCAAAAAGAUAUGAAAACCAUGCUACCAGAUAUAUUUGUCAUCAUCGGUGCUAUUAUCUUGGGGAUCGCAGCUGUUUUUAUUUGUUUAAUUUACAAAAAAAUAAACAAAGAUUCACUCUUAUUAGAUACAAGGACAUCAGGAGUUAAAACUAAUGAUGACGUACAAGAAAGCUUGAUAGAUGGAAAAAAGUAUGAAUUAUCAGAGAUAGAAGCCCAAAGUAAGUUUAAAACUAACGAUUCUGAACAAAGAAUCAAAGUUAGCGAAGACGGGGAAAACAAAGAGCAAGAAAUUACUGAUGCUGAAAAUAUGAGUAAAGAAAUGGAAUUAGAUGAAACUUCCAAAGCUCUCAGUGACAACCCUGAUCCAGACAAAGACCUUCACGACAGUGAAGAUGAUGAGCAUGAAAUUGGUGAAGCCCAAGACCUCACUGGACCAGCACAAGCCAAUUCUAGCAAGUAACAAGUUAAAUGAGAAGCACUGGACAGCAGGGACACCGAAAUAGUGAUUUAAUGAUCCACCGCAAGCCAUUUGAAAAUCUAUUAAAAAAAGUGACGAUUCAAAUCGGUUGAGAUGUCAUAAAAAUCACAAUACAUUUGGGGUGGGGGUUUAACAGUAAUGGACUCGCUUAAGAAAUUUUUUGAUUGAUUUUAAUCUAGUCUGUCUAUAAGUUGCAUAUUAAAGUAGUGUUUAUAAGCGCCACCUGCUGUCAGAGAGUGAAUCUGCAUCUCAUGCAGAGCUUCUGCAGUCUUGGUUUCAUGUUGGUUUUAAAAUGUCAAAAUAUACCAAAUAAUUUAGAUCUAAAUAACUGCUCAUGCUGAAUGUAUUUUUUUUGGAUUGUCAUAAAUGCAGUGGAUGCCUCUAAUUUUUUUUGUUCUUUGUCGUCUUUGUCGAUUAGAACUGGGAUUUGGUUUUAAAAAUUGUAAUUUAGUUCUGACAUUUCCAAGUCAAAAUGGAAUGUGCAGGAUUUUGUCCAAGCAAAAAAAAAAAAAAAAAAAAAAAAAAAA